AAAAAGGAGCAGGAUGGGGGAGGGAGGGCUGCCGUACAGCAGGAACUGUGCAGACACACACUCCCGGGGAUCCAGGGACGGCAGCCCCCCUUGCAGUGGGAUCUAAGAGCCAGAACGCAGAAAAGAGUUAAAGGAAAACACUCAGAAGCAACAUAAUGGCAGACAAGAUUAAAGACGCCAAGAUCAUCUUCGUUGUGGGUGGGCCCGGCUCUGGAAAGGGCACCCAGUGUGAGAAGAUAGUUGCAAAGUAUGGCUACACCCACCUGUCGUCUGGGGAUCUGCUCCGUGCCGAGGUGGCCUCUGGCUCCGAGAGGGGCAAACAGCUCCAGGCCAUCAUGCAGAAAGGCGAGCUCGUCCCCCUGGACACAGUCUUAGACAUGAUUAAGGAUGCCAUGAUCGCCAAGGCUGAUGUCUCCAAGGGCUUCCUUAUUGAUGGCUACCCCCGUGAGGUGAAGCAGGGAGAGGAGUUUGAGAAGAAGAUCGGCAAACCCUGUCUGCUGCUGUACGUCGACGCCAAAGGAGAGACCAUGGUCAAGAGACUUCUGAAGCGUGGCGAGACCAGCGGCCGCUCCGACGAUAACGAGGAGACCAUCAAGAAGCGUCUGGACCUGUACUACAAAGCCACUGAGCCGGUCAUCGCUUUCUACGAGAGCCGGGGUAUUGUGAGGAAGGUGGACUCCGAGCUGGCCGUGGACGACGUCUUCGCCCAAGUCAGCAAGGCCAUCGACGCUCUGUAGUAAAACAACGUGACGAGACGAGCUGUGUCUGGCUGUUGUUUUAAUUUCAAGUUCCCGACUUUCAUAAGGACUGAAUAUGGUGGACUGAAGAAAUUACACACCUCACACUCAUUUGGUUUUUCUUUUAAAAGUUGUCAUAAGGGAUCAGAAAUGCCUUAACGCUAACCCUGAGCCAGCGGUAAGAAUCUAAAGUUUAAAGUCAAUGAAUCUGCUUCAAGGAAAGACACACCUGUUUGGUUCUAUUCUGUGCUGAAUAUGUUUAUGGAUGUAUUUCUGAUGGACGACACUGAAGAAACGUCAACCACCUUCUAACCUUUAAGGCACCAUGUCCACUCCGGAUGAACGCGCACUUUACAGUCUGUUUUCCCCUUUUUAAUGCUCUCACAUCGAGUCCAGUGUUGACUUUCUCAUCACUGUGCCUUCAACAACAGCACAGACGCACUGGACAAACUGUUUACUUGUGCAAUUACCCAAUUUCCUUUUCUGCAUUUGUCAACAGCCAUUCAUUCAUCUAUUAACCAUUUUCCAAUUCUAUUUGAAGCACAGAGAUGUUUGAAUUUUUUUCUAUUUUUUCAUCAAGAUGUAACAUGGGUAUCUAUAAUAUAUGUGGGGGAAAAGUAAAUUAAAGUAACCUAUAAAAAAACAAAACAAA